AUGAGGACCUUUUUUCCAUCUGAGUCUUGUAAAGAAACCCAUCUAAGUGCCGUCAAUCCACAGUCAUGGCUCCAAGUUGAAAGAGGCAAGGUUUCCAAAUUUGCAUCUGAGUCUCCAUCUUCCAUAGAAUCUCUUGUGAAGGUCCCCGAACCUCAGAUUCUUCCAUUAUUUAAACCGGUUGAUUAUGUAGAAGUUUUAGCUCAAAUUCACGAGGAACUUGAAUCUUGUCCUCCGGAAAAGAGGUCGAAUCUUUACUUGUUACAGUAUCAUGUCUUUAAAGGCCUCGGAGAAGUCAAAUUGAUGCGAAGGAGCCUUCGCUCGGCUUGGCUGAAAGCUAGCACUGUUUAUGAGAAGCUCGUUUUUGGGGCAUGGUUGAAAUAUGAGAAGCAAGGUGAGAUUAUAUCUGAUUUGCUAUCAUCUUGUGGUGAAUGUGCUAAGGAGUUUGGAAUUAUAGACAUUGCCUCUGAGUUCCCCACCAAUGAUAAUUUAAUCUCUCGUGGAAAUAAUACGUCAAAUGAGAAACAUUUUUCGAGAAUUGUUUCUUUCAUAAUCGGUGAUGAGAAAAUAUCAUGUGACAGGCAGAAAAUUGCCGGCCUUUCAGUUCCAUUUCAUGCCAUGCUCUAUGGCUGUUUCAUGGAAUCAUUUUGCGAGGACAUUGAUCUGUCUGAAAACAGUAUUUCUCCUUCAGGGAUGAGAGUGAUCAGUGAUUUCAGCACAACAGGCAGUUUAAAUGGGGUGCACCCCAAUCUUUUGCUAGAAAUAUUGGUAUUUGCCAACAAGUUUUGCUGUGAAAGUCUUAAGGAUGCUUGUGAUCGGAAACUUGCCUCUUUGGUUUCCUCCAGACAAGAUGCAGCUGAACUCAUGGAAUGUGCUCUUGAAGAGAAUUCCCGUGUCCUUGCUGCAUCAUGUUUGCAAGUGUUUCUACAUGAACUUUCCGACUCUCUGAACGACAAAAAGGUUGUUGAACUUUUAAGAAGUGCUGAUAGGCAAAAAAGGUCAAUUAUGGUUGGGCCGGCAUCCUUUUCACUCUACUCUUUAUUGAGUGAAGUUGCCAUAAAUGAUGAUCCAUGUUCAGACAAAGCAGUUCUUUUCUCGAAGCUGUUAGUGGACUGUGCUGAAACCAGCCGGCAGAAAAUGGUUGCCUAUCAUCAGUUGGGAUGUAUUAGAUUAUUAAGAAAAGAGUAUGAUGAAGCAGAACAGCUAUUUGAGGUGGCUUUGAACGAAGGUCAUGUUUAUUCUGUUGUUGGCCUGGCUAGAUUAAGUCACAUCAGGGGUUGUAAAGAUUGGUCUUAUGAGAAACUAAGCGAUGUCAUUUCCUCUUAUACUCCACUUGGAUGGAUGUACCAAGAGAGGUCAUUGUACUGUCAGGACGAUAAGAUGGGGGAAGAUCUCGACAAAGCAACGGAGUUAGACCCAACGUUGACUUACCCGUACAUGUAUCGAGCGGCAUGCUUGAUGAGAAAACAUAAUGUUCAAGAUGCCCUUGCAGAAAUCAACCGAAUUCUUGGUUUCAAACUAGCAUUAGAGUGCUUGGAACUGCGUUUUUGUUUCUAUCUUACACUCGAGGAAUACCAAUCUGCUAUGUGUGAUGUUCAGGUGAUUCUUACACUUUGUCCAGAUUAUCGGAUGUUUGAUGGACGGGUAGCAGCAUCCCAGUUCCGUACUCUUGUCCGUGAGCACGUCGAGAAUUGGACAACAGCCGAUUGUUGGCUGCAGUUAUACGAUAGAUGGUCUUUAGUUGACGAUAUUGGAUCCCUCUCUGUAAUAUAUCAAAUGCUUGAGUCUGAUGCAGUUAAAGGAGUUCUCUACUUUAGACAAUCAUUGCUUCUCCUCAGAUUAAAUUGUCCUGAAGCUGCCAUGCGGAGUUUACAGCUGGCUCGUCAACAUGCAUUGAGUGAGCAUGAACGAUUAGUUUAUGAGGGAUGGAUUUUAUACGACACCGGUCAUUGUGAAGAAGGGCUACGGAAAGCUGAGAAGUCUAUUAGUCUCCAAAGAUCCUUUGAGGCUUUUUUCCUAAAAGCCUAUGCAUUAGCUGACUCUAGUCUAGAUCAAUCAUCUUCAUCCACCGUUACAUUGCUUCUUCAAGAAGCCCUGAAAUGUCCCUCAGAUAGGCUUCGGAAAGGUCAGGCCCUAAACAAUCUGGGAAGUGUCUAUGUUGAUUGUGGUAACCUAGAUGAAGCAGCUGAUUGCUACAUCAAUGCCCUUAAAAUUCAGCAUACCCGAGCCCAUCAAGGCCUUGCCCGUGUCCAUUUCUUAAGAAAUGAUAAAAAUGCUGCAUAUGCUGAGAUGAGUAAACUGAUAGAAAAGGCAAGGAACAAUGCAUCUGCCUAUGAGAAAAGGUCUGAGUACUGUGAGCGUGAACUCACAAAGGCAGAUCUAGAGAAGGUCACUCAAUUAGAUCCUCUCAGGGUUUACCCUUACAGAUAUCGAGCUGCAGUGUUGAUGGACAAUCGCAAGGAGGAUGAGGCGAUUGCAGAACUGUCGAGGGCUAUUACAUUCAAAGCAGAUCUUCACCUUCUUCACCUACGCGCUGCAUUCCACGAACACAUUGGUGAUGUUACAGGUGCUCUGCGAGACUGUCGAGCUGCUCUUUCAGUUGAUCCCGAUCACCAAGAGAUGCUGGAACUUCAUAAUCGAGUGAACAGCCAAGAACCUUAG